GCAACAGAAAAGUGGCAGUCGAUGUCUGAGAAAGUGUUAGCAUGUGUUCAUGAUAACGCAAGUAAUAUGGUUCUGGCGAAUCGAGGUCUAUAGGAAUCAGUGCCUUGCUUUGCCCACACACUUCAGCUUGCAAUUAAUGAGGGCCUCAGUGUUGCUAGUUUGAGCCGUGUGAUAGCUGCAAGCAGCCGAUUGGUUGCACAUUUUCACCACAGCACAGUAGCCACAACAUCGUUCAAGCAAAAACAAAAACAACAAAACCUACCCGAACACAAACUGAUUCAGUGUUGUCGUACGUGCUGGAAUUCGGUCUGUGACAUGUUUGAACGUCUCCUCGAACAGAGGUGGGCUGUGUCAGCUGCUCUCUCAGAUCGUAAUGUCACGAAACUGUCAGAUGCAAGGACACUUGAGCUGACAGAUGAGCACUGACAAACUAUAGAAGAUUUGACUCCAGUGAUCCAGUCUUUGAAGUGUACCACAACUGCAAUGUGUACUGAGACACAUGUGGGCAUUUCAAUGGUGUAUCCGAUCACAAAUAGCCUCAUCACCAGGCACCUUAAUGUACAGAGCGGAGAGUCUCAGAGAGUGUCUGAUUUCAAAACAUCCAUGGCAGAGUCUCUGAAAUGGCGCAUAUGCGCAGUUGACCUGCAAGAUGCAGAGAAAGUGGCCCUAUCUCUGGUCCCCUCAGCAUUAGACCCAAGGCACAAACAUCUCAAGUGUCUUGAGCCAGAGCUUCGACAGAGAGUAAAGGAGAAACUGCAACAGCUUUGUGACACCGUUCCAGAAAGCGUAGGUGCUGCCGAACAUGGCGACGUUGAACAUGGAGACUUUCAAUCUGGGGCAGCAACAGCUCUCCACACUCUGUUUGGAGAGGAUUACAGCACCAGUGAUGUUUGUUCGCAGCACAACGAAAUCGAGAGCUACCUCAGUGUGGUGGCAGGUAAAUGAGAAAAGGUACAGAAAGCUGAGUGUCCUUGCUCAGUGGUAUUUGUCCAUUCCUGCGACCUCUGUGCCAGCGGAACGCGUUUUUUCCACCGCAGGUCUAGUUAUGAAAAGACUGUUAACUCAAAUUUCACCUGAGCAUGUAGACCGGCUCAUCUUUUUAAAUAAAAACAUGUAGGCUAGCUGCAUAUCCUGAAUGAGUCAGAACAUGAAAUUAAUACCAGGGAUGUGUUAACAGUGGAAGUUAAAUUUACAAAAAUUAAUUGAUGUGUUAACAGUGGAAGUUAAGUUUGCAUGAAAUUAAUAUCAGAGAUGUGUUAACAGUGGACAUUUAUGUGAAAUUAAUGCCAGGGAUGUGUUAACAGUAGGCUACAAGUUAAGUUUACGUGAAAUGAAUUGAUGUGUUAACAUUGGAAGUUUACGUGACAUUAAUACCAGAGAUGUGUUAACAAAGGAAGUUGAACUUUAAGUUUUUAUUACUUUUUUAAUAUGUGAGGUUCAGUAGCCUAAUGUUCAUGUUCAAGAAAAUACUGUUGUUGAACUGUGAGUUUUAAAUAAAAUAUACAAUUAUCAAAAGUAUACACUUGUUGCGAGAUUGCAGCUUGCCCUUGGUGGGGUGACUUGAUGCUAGUCUACAUAUAUGCAUUUGGCAGAUGCUUUUCUCCAAAGCAACAUAAAGGAAUGUUCUGGGUUCAAUACAAGUUAAGCUCAAUCGACAGCAUUUGUAGCAUAAUGUUGAUUACCACAAAAAUUAUUUUGACUCGUCCCUCCUUUUCUUUAAAAAAAAAAAAAAGCAAAGAUCUGGGUUACAGUGAGGCACUUACAAUGGAAGUGAAUGUGGCCAGUUGUUGGAGGCUUUAAAGGCAGAAAUGUGAAGCUUAUAAUUUUAUAAAAGCAUUUACAUUAAUUAUUAUAUUAAAACGUGUGUAUUAUUUGAGCUGUAAAGUUGUUUAAAUUGUCAUAUUUACAGUUUUUACAAUUUUAGGAUUUUAGGGUUUGUUGACAUUACAAAGUUGUAAAAUUGCCUAUAACUUUACGCAAAAAAGAUUAAUAAGUUAUUUUAUCACACAAAAAUCAUGUUUACAUGCAUAUUGUUUAUGUUUGUCUUGUGGCUAUACUUUUAAAAAAGUGACUGUUUUAACAUUCAAAAAUUGGCCCCCAUUCACUUCCAUUGUAAGUGCCUCGUGCCUCACUGUAAUCCAGACAGUACUUAUUCAUUAGGGGUGUAACGAUCCAUCAAUCUGGAUUGAUGCAUCGUUCAAUUAACUAACGAUGCGAUGUCAUUGAUACAACGCGUAAAGUUCAAUGUAAGUUUUUUUAAGAUGCACCUUUAUUUUUAACGCUCUUAUACCAGUCACGUCCAAACUCCUCUGUCAUGCGAUGCAGCAACCUUAUGAUAUCUAUCUCGCUUUAUAAUCGCUAAAUAUGCUUCUCAUGUGGGACACGUAUGUGCGCGGAGUGAUUGAAGUUGCGCUCUGCUUGUCAACCGGGCUGUGAGCUACGGUGACAGGAUAGCGCAGAGCGGCUCACAUGCGCAAUUAAAUCGGGUUUCCCUCAAUAUUAUGGCGCAUGCAACACAUUUGAAUUCUGCAUGAGAAUUUUAGCUUUUAAAGCGCUUUGGAGCAAUUCAGCCAUGUCAAAUGGUUAUAGAGCCCCGAUAUUUUGAACAGAGCUGACGAGGUAAAGAGAAAACACCUCAGGGUUCUCACGCAUCCUGGAAAUCCUGGAAAACUUGGAAUUUUGUCCUGGAAAAUAAUGAUUUGUCCUGGAAAAUAUUUUAGUAUAAUAAAACUGUUUGAUUGUGUCGCUGACAAGGUUUUUGUUACAUGUACAAGUAUUGAAAUAGUGCACUGUGGCAAGGACGAGGGCGGGGCCGGGCCGUGAUGACGAAUGCCCACCCCCAGUCAGGCUAAUCAAGCCGACGAGAGGGAUAAAGUCGGCCGGAAGCGACAGUUCGGGGGAGAGAGAGCUUCAGGCAGCUGCCCUCCCGGGAAGGAGGAGGGAUGUGCUGUCGUGGAGUCCUCGCCACUGCCAUCCACCCAAAAGAGCAGCCGCGGCCUUCCGCCGGUGGACGGAUGAGUUGCUGCCGACUGCCUGGACGCAGAGGAACGGAGGGGCUCGCUGCCGGCCGCCUGGAGUGGUGGAGCCGCUGCCAGGGGCGGAGGAGUUCCCUACCGGCCGCCGAAACGCGGCGGGGCGUUCUGUCCGCCAGGGGUUGGAGGACUCGCUCCAAUCCACCCGGGGAGGAGUGGCUGUCGUCCGCCAGAGGGUGGAGUGGUCGAGGACCGGACGACGGCGUGUCAGAGAACCAGCGAAAAGAUGAGGUGUAUCUAAAUUUGGUUCUGGACUACGUUCCUGAGACUGUGUACAGAGUGGCAAGACACUACAGCCGUGCUAAGCAGACCCUUCCCAUGGUUUAUGUAAAGUUGUACAUGUACCAGCUCUUCAGGAGUCUGGCCUAUAUCCAUUCCUUCGGGAUUUGCCAUCGGGACAUUAAACCCCAGAACCUUUUGCUGGACCCAGAGACGGCCGUGCUCAAGCUCUGUGACUUUGGCAGUGCUAAGCAGUUAGUACGUGGAGAGCCCAAUGUUUCCUACAUAUGCUCACGGUACUACAGAGCGCCCGAGCUCAUCUUUGGAGCGACCGACUACACCUCCAGCAUUGACGUGUGGUCAGCUGGCUGCGUGCUUGCGGAACUGUUGCUAGGACAACCAAUUUUCCCCGGCGACAGCGGAGUGGAUCAGCUGGUGGAAAUCAUCAAGGUGCUGGGCACUCCCACUCGUGAGCAGAUACGGGAAAUGAAUCCAAACUACACUGAGUUCAAAUUCCCACAGAUUAAGGCCCACCCAUGGACUAAGGUGAGUAAACAGGUGUUCCGGCCCCGUACACCUCCUGAAGCCAUUGCGUUGUGCUCCCGGCUGUUGGAGUACACACCCACUGCUAGACUGACCCCACUAGAGGCCUGCGCUCAUUCGUUCUUCGAUGAACUGCGGGAUCCAAAUGUCAAACUUCCUAAUGGACGUGAGAAACCAUCUCUGUUCAACUUCACAACUCAAGAGCUGUCCAGUAACCCCUCCCUGGCCUCUAUCCUAAUUCCUGCUCAUGCACGUAACCAGGCAGGAGCUUCUACUCCCACCAACGCCUCUGCCACUUCAGAUGCCAAUAGUGGAGAUCGUGGUCAGACCACAACUGCAGCCUCUGCCUCUGCCUCCAACACCUCCACCUGAGUGCCCCAGCCAAUCAGACCUGAGCCACCCUCGGAGGCCACGCCCACCCCCACUGCUCACCAACUUAAUGGGCAGGAUUUGAAUCAUGUAACCACCACGCCUUUUCAGACUGCAAGAGCCAACCUUCAUUUACGUCUUUUAUUAUGAAGUUCUGAAAGAGUUCCAAAUUAUACACGGAAAAGCCACGUCAAGUGUAAUCAAUGGAGAGUGACAGGGAAAGAGAGAGCACUGAGAAAUUGGGUGGGGGGGAUGGGGGUGUUGGUCAAACCAUAAAACCUGGUCUGUGACCAGCUGUAAUGUUGUUCAUUCUCAGAGGACAGUCUUGUUAUCUAAGCAAUCUGGUAGCCAGAUCCAUCCACUUCCGUUUCAUUUAUUUAGACUCCCCUUCUCUCUACCAACACAUUCUGUCUCUCUAUCUCCCGUUUCAUCUGUUUUGGGGUCUCUCAUAGCGCAUGGCUUGAAUUUGGUUCGGAGCACCCUGUAUACACCUCAUUUACAUAUAUAUGUAUGUAUGUAUGUAUGUAUGUAGUGUGUGUAUGUAUGUAUACACUAUAUAUAUAUAUAUAUAUAUAUAUAUAUAUAUAUAUAUAUAUAUAUAUAUAUAUAUAUAUAUAUGUGUGUGUGUGUGUGUGUGCAUAAAUGUAUUGGGUUAAAAUUAUGCAGGUUACAAAAUGAGGAUAUAAUGCAACACAAAUCUUAAUUCUAUCCUAAUUGUAUCUGUUAAACACAAGGUACUGUUAUCACACAAGAGUUAUAAAAUUAAAUGCUACACAAAAGUGCAUGUUCCAACAAAAAAGCCAACGGAGAAAACGGCGUGAUGUUUUAAGAGUUUUAAGUGCUUUCAAGCUAAUUUUGUUUUUAUUUUGUUUUAUAAUGAAAGGCAGGACUUUAUGGGUGGCGUAGGACUAGGACAGGCAUUUUGAUUGACUGGUGAGACAUGUUCAACAAGUCUCCAUCUCUGUGUUCUUGUAUGAUAUAUACAUACACAGUUUAUAUAUUACUUUGCAUUAUGUAAAAUAAAUAUAUAUAUAUAGUUAUAUUUAGAUAUAUAUCUAGCAUCAUUCGUUCAGAAUUCAUCAUGGUUUUGCAGUGCAGCAGCUGAUUUUGCUGCUGGCCAAAAAUAUACAGUAUGUAUAUGACUAAGAACUUGGGCACACUCUACUGGAGCAGUUUUCUAGAAAAACGCUUCCCUUUUUCCUGCUGUUUUCUGUUCGCCCCAUGAGAAUUAUAGAUUGCCUUCCUGUCCUAAUUUCCUCCCCUCUCUUGUUAUUUAUUGUUCCUUGUGUGUUAAUGUAAUCAGAUUAAUGGUAGACAUCUUUCUUAUUCACACAGCUUAAUAAAAAAAGGAAGAAAUAUUCAUAAAGCACCAAGUUUGGUUUGUACAUGAAAGUGGCACAGGAAUUCUUCAAUUUCAUGUGCUGGUUGGUAUAGAAAACUCACAUUUUAUUUUGUAUUUUUUUUAAGCCUGUGCUCCAUUUGCAAUGUUAAACUGAAGUGGCUAUGUUGUUUUAACCACUAUUUAACCACUUUCAUAUUUCUUUCUUUUCUUUAUCCUGUCUCAACCUGCAUAUGGAAAGAAUUUACUAUUUUUUUUUUUUUUUUUUUUCAAAAUGUCUUAAUAUGCAACAACAAAAAAACAUGUAUAUACAGUACAGCACAGUUGCUCCUCACCAAAUUCUGGCUUGUACUUUGUAUUUGUUUUUUUUUUUUUUUUUGUAUAAUUUUGUGAGCGUGUGAACCUGUGUAUGUGUGUGUUCUGCUAUGUACAUAUGCUGACCUGAGAACUGUUAAUGAGCAAAAGCAAAGAUGAGGGAUUAAAUUUGGGGGGGGCGGGGGGUGCAAAAAAAAAAAGAUCAGGGCAAAAAAUUAACUGUUUGUUGGUAGACAAGGAGUUUUCUCCAGCCAUAUAGUUCAAUCUUACCUGUACAGUAGGUGCCAGCUAUAUUAUUGUAUCUAUAACUAGUAAUGUAUAGUGUAUCUAUCGUUUGGAGUGCCUUUGCUUCCAUUCACAUCCUGUCCCUAGACCACACCCCUUCCUCGCAUCACACAAUACAGACCACUCCCUUUCCCUACCUGUGACCCUCUGCAAGUGCUGUUGAUUAGUCGAGUCUCUUAUAUGCUGGCAAAAUGACGUUUGUGUCUUUAUAUAGUAGCUACUACCACUUAAUUUCCUUUGAAGCCACACUCAUUUCUAGCAUCUCUGUAGAUGUUUUUCCUUUUUUCGUUUUUUAAGUAGCAAUCACCAUGUUAAAGGAUUAGCACAAAGAUGUAUUUGUGUGAGGAUGAAGUAGAGAUCAGAUACCACUGUCACAAUGUAUGUUUUACACCUGUUCCACUACCAAAGUGAACCAACGAUGAGUGUGUUGUGAUGUACUGUAACAGCGACAUCCCCGGGGGCAAUAAUGAUUUUUUUUCUUUUCUCGUUUAUCUCGGCAAUGAACAGAAUGUUGGCCAGCCGACAGUACGCAGUAGAGAUGUCACAUCAUUCCCUCGACCCUGCACCCUCUGUGUAAAGCUUGCUUGUAAGAUAUGCUACCAUAGAUGUGUUGCUUUCCACGAAUGGUGUGACCACUUCUUGUGACUAAAGUUAGAGUAAAAUAUGUAAAGACACAAAGGUUAAAAAUAAUUACCAAAAUAAGUAAAAAAAAAAAAAGACAAAACGUCAUCAAAUAGUUUUAAGGACUGUGGGCUAAAUACAGACUAUUGCAUUACACACACUUAUUGGGGAAAAAAGUUGUCUUGGAUUAAAACAAACAAAAACAAAAAAUGACAAAAAAUACAACCUGUAUACCAUUAAUAUUACUUGAAUGCCUCUGUUUGUGACUGAAAUGUUUAUUUUAUUUUAAAUAUAUUAUUUUUUCUGUGAAGGUAUGCUAAAUGUCUCCUCUCCUUGUAAAUAUGUCCAUUUUGGUCCUUGGUGUGACUUGGAUUCAGAGACUAGUUACCUGGUACUGUAAUUUGCAUUAAAUAAAGAGUAGGAUAGCUUGGAAAUGA